AGUGUGGACAGUGUGGACAGUGUGGACGCUGUCUGCAGGUCUGAGAGGAAACAAACCAGGACCUGACACCAAAAGUGUAUGUGAGGCCGAGCUCGAUUUAAGAAUGAGUAAGAGGGGGAGGAGGAGGAACAGCCGGAGGAAGAGCUCCAGCAGCAGCAAACAGAGUGCGUCGCCGUACAUUUUCCUGAAGCAGAACAAGAACAACAGCCCCUGCUACAAAGACGACGUGGUUGAAAAGGGCGAAACCGACUCUCUGCGCAGGGAAAAUAUCGGGACGGGAUCCGACGACGAGGAAAAGUACGACAAUGCUCCACCGCAGGAGAAGCGAUAUAAACAGGAUUAUCACCUGACUUCAAAUCUGAGCCAAAGGAGCAUUUACACCAAGACGACAGAGGACAAGGUGACGGGGGCGAAGAUCGUGACGUCCGUGUCCAUCAGUGAGGAUUCGGCGCCAAAGAUCACGUUUCAGCAGCGACACGAGCCUUCGUCCGAAAAACAGACCCACUCCUCGACACCGGUGACCAACAUCAUGAAAAUCGACUGCUCAGGGUCCAGAGUGAAACUGGAGAUUCAGGAAAUUCUUAACAGUUCUGGGGUUAAGACCACGUUUGUUUUCAUGAAUGAAAAUGUGGGCGGUGCCCGGACGACCUUCAAGAGUGAAGGGACAACGAUGCCGGAUAACGAGUCGUCUGAGCGUCCGCUAAAUGUGACCGAUCGCAGCGCAGAUCAGAACUACAGCUUUUCUUUUGGCAGCGUCACUGACCGAGCAGACAAUCCGGCAAAGACCUGGUACAAUCCAAACUGUCAGUGCUACACUGGUCAAAAACAACAAAUACCCACCGAUUGCUCGUCUGCGAAUCCACCGCCAGGCUCCGCACUUCAGAUGAACAUCAAACCUCAGGAGAAGAGGAAGUAUUUUCAGAAAAGCUUCAGCAUCGAUCAGUUCUGGGACAUUCCUCCACCGCAAGAGUAUGCGGACAUCAAAUACAACACUUUGGAGGAGCUGAGGUUUGACCUGGCCUCCUCCAGGACCGGAACUUCGCCCACUGUCAAACAAUGGCAGGAAUUCCACACAUCGCCCAAUUUAACCCACAAUGAAGAGGAGCAAGCAGAUCUGGCUCCGUCUUUUGAUCAACUGUCAGAGUCUGAAAACUACGAUCCCACAUUCGCAAGACCGUCCAUGUCCACCAACAGAUCCAGCUUCACCAACGAGUUCAUCAGCCUGCAGAAGAGAAAGUCCUGGAUUAGGAACAACAGCAUUGCUGCGGUGGAACACAGAGCGUGUCCGUAUCCACAGAGGCGGCGGCAGACGUUUCCCGGGAUGUCAGAGGGUCUGGGAUUGAUGCAGGAGGACCUGCUGCUGCCCUGUACCGAGUCUUUUUCCUCGUUAAUUAUGUGCUCAUGUCCCGAGCAGACGGAGACGCUGGAGAUGAUUCAACAGACCAACAACGACCACUUCCCCGAUGACUCUUCGCAAACCGAGGUGAGUUCAACAGAACCCACAAACGGAUACGACGGGAGGCAAACACUACUCAGUUCAUUCUGUACGAUCAAUUCUGAGGACAAUCCUGACGCUGGGUUCGCCAUCUGUGGACAAUCGCGAAGACAAAGUACCGUUAGGUGUAGUCACCAAGGAUUCAAACAGAGCUCUUGUAAAUACUUGGACAGUCUGGACACUGAGGUAGCAGACAGUGGGUUUGAACAAGAAAUCGGGGAAGUCGAGUUUCGCAGCGGUGAUGGCGUCAUGGAGGAGCCUGGUCGAAGAACCUGUGCGAUUCAAGUCAUUCCUCCGUCCUGCAGUGGCUCAGAGGAGCAGAUGUUACAGGGCCAUCAGGUCCCACUGUUCCAGAACAAUCCAGAGGAGGAUUCAGACUCAACUCCACCAAAACACAAGUCCUCAGUCAUGACUCUAACUGUUGGGACACUGGAGCAAAGGUUCCUGCAGAUGGACUUAAGGUCUUCCCAGAGCGGUCAGAAGGAAAUUUCUCUUGGAAGCUCAUUGGAGGACAUCGGUGUGUCCCCUUUUCAGGACAGAGAUGUUAAGGCAGUAAACACAAGAGAGGAAGCAGAGAGUGAAUGUAAAGCAGCAGGUGAGGAACCAGGAGACACCAGCACUUCUCAGCCACUAACGACAGAGGAGACAAAAGAUUGGCGAGGAGGUGCCAGAAGAUCAACGCCAACAGAAAUCCACACGAAGGAGCAGCUCAGUAAAACCAUCAAAUCAAAUAAACCAACUGUAUCCAGAUGUCCCAGCGAGGUCAGAGAGCAUCUGAAGCCUGUGAUGCAUGUAGAAGCGGAGGGCGGCAGCUCUGAUCACUGGGCCAAGAGACGCAAGCUCUUCAAGGACAGUAAGCAGUGGAGCUCGGCUGGAGGAAGCUCCAUCACCAGUGACAUCACAGAGGAAUCAGUGUCUGAGGACACGCCCUCGAUGGACAUGACCACCCGGGACAGUGAAGACGGAGGAUUUUAUAUGGAGACGUUCCACUCUUCAGCGUGGAUCUACCAAGGAGACAGCGUGGACUCGGGGGUGAUUUCUCCAAGCCUCAACGCCAGAACUCGAGCUGUCGCAAUUCGAGAGAGGACGGUGAAGAUCAACAAAGGCAGUGGAGAGUAUCCCUGGGGUUUUCGCAUUCAGUUCUCUAAACCUAUCACGGUCACCGAAGUCGACACGAACGGAGCGGCUGAAGAAGCAGGACUGACGGUCGGAGACUACGUUCUGGCUGUGAACGGCAUCGAUGUCACCAGUAUUCCACACUCUGAGGCUGCGGAUCUGGCCAGACAAGGUCCAGAUGUUCUGACACUAACCAUCGGCUCGGACAUCGGCCGUGGUCCUAACACCCCCCGCCCCGCGUGUCGGGGUUACCUCCACAAACGCACCCAGUCUGGUCUGAUUAAAGGCUGGAGGAAGAGGUGGUUCGUCCUCACACACGACUGCUGUCUCUGCUACUACAGAAACAAGCGGGACGAAGGGAAAAGAGGAGCUCUGUCUGUGGUGAAGCUGGAGGGAGCUGAGGUGGGACGGGACUCGUCUCUGGGGAAACCCUUUGUCUUCAAGUGUCGUCCUCAGGCUCUCAACCGGGUUUUCUUCUUCUGUGCCACGUCCAACCAAGAGAUGAAGAGGUGGUUGGAGGCGAUGGAGCGAGCGAUUCAUCCCAUCACACAGAACCACGUGUGGGUCGACGUCACCCGGCACAACUCCAACCUGCCGCCGCUGGCCGUGAAGAACCCCGAGUGUCUCGGUCUGCUCCACAAAAUGGACAAGAACAAGGACACGUGGUUGCAGCACUACUGCAUCCUGAAGGACGGAUGUCUCUACCUGUACAGCGGCAUCCGUGCAACUCACGCACAUGGUGGGAUCUACCUGCAGGGCUACACCGUGAAAGAGCAGCCGUACGCGUUCAAGAAAUCCACCAUCGAGCUGAAACCUCUGUCCGAUGAGUUCAAGACUUUCCACCUGUGUGCCGAGAAUCCUAACGAGAAUAAACGGUGGAUCGUGGCCAUCAAAGCUUCCAUAAAGAAGUGGCUUCCUCUCCAUCAGGUUCUGCAGGACUACAUGAACCGACCGGCGGAGGAGACGAGGAUGUGAUACACACACACACGCAUGGGAAAAACAAAAACCUCACCCUCACACUUCACACGUUCAUCCUUUCACUGAGUUUUCAUUUAUUCGUUGUUAUUUUUACUGUCAUCACACAUCUCUCUUUGUCCUGUUUUCCUUACAUGUCAAUAUUUAAACCCUCAUUCUUUUUUUUUUUACUUCUUCCUUUUUUCUUUGUUUGGUUUUGAACUUGUUUUUCUGUAAACUAUGUACUUUUCUUUUUUUACUACUCUCUGUUCUUUCCACUGUAAAACAUAAUCAUGGAUGCAAUGGAUAAGACAAAUAAAUCCUAGAAUCACA